AUGAAGGAAGUAGUGCAAAGUAACGGCGCUCUCGCCUUUGCCUUGAUUUAUUUCACGUUCUUUUUAGACAAUGUGCUCCUGACGGUUUUAGUUCCAAUAAUACCUGACUGGGUGCGUGGUGAGUCGUUGGAGCUAUGGACGACUCAUGAUGCACCCCUCGCUAUGCUCCUCAACAGCACCGUGCAUAACAUCAAUACUGAAGAUACUCAAGGUAUAGGAGGAUCCCAAGCGGUGGUAGGUUUGGUGCUCGGCGCUAAAGCAGCAUCACAGCUGAUUACCGCACCUUUUGCUGGAGUUGCCGUCUGCAAGCAUGGACCUGCGAAAGUUCUUCGCGCUGGUACCAUGGUGUUGGCUGGUGCAGCUAUGGUAUUCAUGGCAUGCAGUAGCCGCGAUGGGUCUGCUGGCGCGUGGUGUGCUGGUGCUGCUCGGGUGGCGCAUGGUGCUGGAGCGGCGUUGGCUGGAGUAGCUGGUUUGUCGUUGGCAGCUGCGACACUUCCACUACAUCAACGAGACCGAGCUAUUGGGGUUUUAUUAGGCGCUGUUGCAUUAGGAGUGUUAAUUGGCUACCCAUUCGGGGGAGCAGCUUAUGCCCUUUGGAGUCCUGGUGCACCAUUUCUUCUCCUAUCUACUUCUCUACUCGCUGAUCUAGUCAUGCAAUACAUGUUUUUGGAUAAAGAAGUAUUCAACCAAGUAUCCACGAUAUCAUGUGAUGCCUCCAAAAACGAUCUAUGGGGAGCUCUGAGUGUAGCAAAACUGGAGGCAACUGGUGCUUGUGUCGGGGCUAUUCUCCUUACCACCAGCGUCAUGGCGGCUCUGGAGCCCUGUCUACCACUUUGGAUUAUGAAGAAGUUUCAUCCGCAGCGUUGGCAAACAGGAGCAGUGUUCAUACCUGACAGUGUUGGCUACCUGAUAGCAGCGAGUACCCUGGGUGGACUCUCCCGGCGGCUCGGCGCUGAGCGUGUGGCCAUAACGGGCCAGAUUGCUGUGGGGUUAGCUGCUCUAGCUGUUCCACAUGCCAGAUCUGUGUCGUCGCUGGUGUUGCCGCACGCGGCGCUGGGCGGCGGGCUGGGCGCGGCGGACGCGGCGCUGGUGGCGGCGCUGCUGUCGCGGCACGCGCGCCGUCUGCCGCAUCUCGCCGCGCUGCUGCAGGCCACCUCCAGCGUCGCAUACGCACUCGGUCCAAUAGUGGGAGGCGCGAUGUCCUGGUGCGUGGGAUUCGAGACUGCACUCCGAACGCUCGGAGUGCUCAAUUUGCUUUACGCUGGGUUCUUGUACAGAACUCUUUCAGAGCAGCCCCUUUCAGAACAGGUCAGUCAGGAUGCCGACCGCGCGAGAAUCCACGUAGAAAUCCAAUGGGGCGCAAACACUCCUGAUGAUGAAGAAGAGAGUGAAGAGGGUGAGGUGACUCCGUUAAGACCUCAAAUAUACACGCCAUUACAUUAA